GAUAAGUAUGAAACCACCAUAGAGUAGUACUAUUUUCUAAACUCUCUCUUCCUCCUUCUUCCGCCGCCAGCCGUCGCCGCCGCCGAUCGCCGCCGCCAGCGAUGAAGAUUCAGUGCGACGUGUGCAAUAAAGCCGCCGCAACCGUUUUCUGCGUCGCCGACGACGCCGCUCUAUGCUCCGACUGCGACCGCAGCGUUCAUCACGCAAACAAACUCGCCGGAAAACACCAACGUUUCUCUUUACUCAAUCCUAAACAAACCCCUCUCUGCGACAUCUGUCAAGAGAAAAGGGCUUUUUUGUUUUGUCAACAAGACAGGGCGAUUCUAUGCAGAGACUGUGAUUUCUCUAUUCAUAAAGUCAAUGAACAUAAACAAACUCAUAAUCGAUUUCUUCUCACCGGAACUAAACUCUCUGUCGAAUCCGCCGUCUAUUCAUCCGCCGCCGCCGAUAAAUCUCCGACAACAACUGAAACCACAUAUCUACAGCCGAAUCUCGUCACACCCACAAAUUAUACUACCUCGCCGGCGCCGGAAAACGGAGGAGGAAUAGUAAACCUACCCAUCUCUGAUUAUCUGAUUGAAACUCUCCCCGGUUGGCAUGUUGACGAUUUCCUUGAUUUCUCUUCUUCCCCAUUUGAUUUCGGCAAGGGUGGAGAUUUGUUGAUGGGCGACGGCGGCGCCGUCGCCGGCGGGAGGAAUGAAUGUACGGCGGCGGCGUGGUCGUCGGAGAAUUUAGGGAUAUGGGUACCUCAGGCUUCAUCUCCUCCUCUUCAUCCAUCUCAAUAUACUGUAAUUCCUCAACCAAACGUGGCCUUAGGUGGUGGUGGUGGUGGUGGUGGACAAAUCAACUGUGGGAGGAACAUUAAAGAAAGUAAGAAUUUGAGUAAAUCAAUGGGUAAGAUUACGAAGGAGGGUAAAUCAACGGUCAGGAAACGAGUAGAAGAUUGGAGUUUUACUGUCCCUCAGAUCAGUCCUCAAUCGCUCGGUUCUAAGAGAUCCAGGUUUGCUGGGUAGAUUAUCUGUCUUUUUAACGGUUUUCUUUUUACCCAUGUUUUCUUGUCCUUUUAUUUUUUUCUUUCUUAAUUUUGUAAGAUGUAUUAUAU